GCCCAUCCCAUGCAGGGUACUCAUGACAUGCGAGAAAUGUAUCGCCAGGUUGCGAAAAUUCGGGGUCUGCCUCAGUCGAGACCACUCUAUGGCCAUAUCCUCAUCAAUGAAUUUGGCCAGGGCAAGUUUAACCCCACGCAGCGCUUCAAUGACUGGCUUGGGGAUGCCUGUCUCUGCACCGAGCAAGACGAUUUCUUUCACCAGUGGCUUCGGAAUGGUGGCCACAGAAAAUAUGCCAAGCCAGAGGAAGAGGACCGCCAGCUUAAAAGGAAGAGGGGCGAAGCCAAAGAAUACCCUACUCCUCUGGAAUCCCUUCAUACACUCGAAAUGGCUUGGAUGGACUACAUGAGCAAGAAGCAGGCACGUGUGGACGAGCUGACCAGCCGGAUGGAGCGACUACUCCAGCCACCUCUCAGCGCAAAGGAAGUGAACAACAAGAAGAGGCCUGCUGAGACACCCCUGGAGACCCCAUCUGCCAAUGGCCACCCAUCAAAGAGAGCCCGGGUUAUCGGCUCCAUCAAGCGUAGGCUCUCUGGAGCACUAUCGGAGUCGAAUGGAGGACAAAAGUCUACCGCAACUGUCCGAAGCAGUGUCAUGGGGUUCUUCAAUAAGACUGGCGUCAAGAAUCCAUUCCUUGGUGCAACUCCUAGCCUAAGCCCAAGCGCAUUCCAGAGGAUCCGGAUCUGCCUCAUUGGUGAUAGGUCUACGGGAAAGACGACCUUGGUCAAGCGCCUUCGGACUGACUUGUUCGUGGAGACUGAGCCAUCUCCCUCUUACUAUCUGGACCGUCAUCCCAUUGACAUUGACGGAACAACCUACCUGCUAGAGCUCUGGGACAUACCCGGCGACCUUGAUCCUGAGGAGUCUAGCCCACUGAUGGGGGCCUUCUUCCAUGCCUCCGUGCUCUGCUUUAGUCUGGAGAGUGAUGCCAGCCUUCAGUCCAUGAUCCGCCAAUGGCCCGGCGAACUACGUGCCAACCUUGUCGAAGCACCUUGUUUUGUCGCCGGACUGAAGCGUGACCUCCGCCCCACCUGCCCAACCCUGCGCCUUCGCUUCCUCAAUGAAGCCAUCCCCGUUUCGCAUGACGAGGGAGAGAAGGCGGCGCUCCAAAUAGGCGCGGAGGCCUAUUUCGAGUGCUCCGGCAAGACGGGCGACGGGGUCCAGGACAUGUUCCGGGACGUCGCCCGUCUGGCCCUCCAGCACCGGGCGCGCGAGGACCGGCGCCGGGCCGAGCGCGUCCGCCGCGAGAAGGCCAAGGAGUUCGCCAAGGACACGGGCCGACGCGUCUCCUGGCUUCUCUGCGGCCACCCCACGAACCUGCCCUGAGAGGUGGAGGUAGGGAGGCUCAUGGGGGUGCGGUGCUGGAGGG